AUGGUUAAAGCUGCAUUCGACGGUGAAGACAGACGCGAGGUAGGAGAUGACGCUGUGUGGUUCCUGUCUUCAGCCAAACCUGGCAAUGGCGUCGACCAGCUCCGUGAUAACAAUAUGGACACGUAUUGGCAGUCGGACGGACAGCAGCCACACCUGAUCAAUAUCCAGUUUGCCCGCAAAAUGACCAUCAAGGAAGUAGCAAUGUAUCUAGACUACAAGCUUGAUGAGAGCUACACACCGAAGAAAAUUGCCAUCCGCAGUGGCUCUACAGUGCAUGACCUCAAGGAGAUCCACGUGCAGCAUGUUGUAGAGCCCAAUGGAUGGAUCUCCAUACCUUUGCACGUGAGCAAAGGCUCAGAACAGGCCCCACUCCGCACCUUUUUCUUGCAAAUCGUCAUCCAUGCAAUGCACCAGAACGGACGCGACACUCAUGUCCGACAGGUGAAGAUUUAUGCACCGCGCGAGGCCAACAUUUUCGACUGGACCAUCCCGGAGGCUACCACACCGCAAUUUGCAGCAUACUCGUGCAUCCGCUAA